AAUUAAUACAAAAAGGGGAAGGCGAGGGAUUGAGGUUCUUCAUUCAAGAAGAGAUUUGAUCGGAUCACUAUGUUAGGAUUAAGUCUUCUGCUCGUUCUGCUCCCCUGCUCGACUUACUCAAUGCUGCUGGGAUGGGUGGAGUCUCCGGGAUAUCCCAGUGGAUAUUUGCCCCACGCCAGUGUGAGAUGGACCAGGUGUGCCGGCAAAGGCCACACCCUCACCCUCCAGCUCAUCCACCUGGACGUGGAGGACAGCCAGAACUGUGAAAACGAUGCAGUGAAGGUCUUUUCAAAUGGAAAAGUAAUUGCUGCUCUGUGUGGCAAAAUGGACUUUGAGGAGCUUCAGUCCACAGUGAAUCCAUUGUUGGCCUCCACCCCGGGCGGCUGCCUCUCUCUUUCUUUCCACUCAGACUUCUCUAACACCAGGAGGUUCACUGGCUUCAGAGGCUUUUACAGUGAGCAAGACUUUGACGAAUGUGAGGACCCAGAAAACAAAUGCAGCCAGUUCUGUCACAACUUCAUCGGAGGGUACCAAUGCUCCUGUCACCAUGGUUACUACCUGAGCACAGACAACCACACUUGCACUGUGAGCUGUAGCGAGGAUCUGUCAGGAAUGAAAAAAGGCCUGAUAUCCAGUCCGUCGUGGCCUGGCUCGUAUGCACAGAAUGCUAACUGUCAGUACAGGCUGUCUGUGGAGGCUCACCUGCAGCUGGUGCUGCACUUCUCUGAGGCGUUUGAUGUGGAGCAAAGCCCUGACGGUCAAUGCAUAGACGCGCUGAGGAUUGAGACUGGCUCUGAGACUCUGGGACCAUUCUGUGGUCACAAACCUCCUCCAUCACCACUCCUUACUCACUCACACCACGUGAUCAUCAGAUUCACCACUGACGGCUUCGGCACCAACAAAGGCUUCUCUUUAGACUUCAAGACCAGACCCAAGGUCUGUCGAGCAGUGGUGACCUCACACUCGACUGCAGCUCCUCUGAGACCACAACAUCAGCCUGGUCAAACAGUAACAGUGACGUGUGAUCCUGGUUAUUUUGUCAACACUAAAAACAUCUUGACCCUGCCAACACAGUAUGAGGCAACAUGUCAGAGUACAGGCACGUGGACCCCUAAUUACCCGUGUGAACCUGUGGACUGCGGUCAUCCUGUCAUCCCUAAUGAUGGCAUCCUUCAGCUGGUGGACUCAGACAACUUGCACACUCAGUAUCAAGACAGGAUCGAGUUUAACUGCAGCUCAAAGUACUACACACUGGAAGGAGAUGACUCAUACACUUGCGGUGCGAGUGGUGAGUGGAUAUCAGCUGCUGGAGCAUCAAAGAUGCCCACAUGCAUUCCAGUGUGCGGGAAGCCUGAAACAGUCCAACCAAGUGCAGGCAGGAUCAUGGGAGGUGUCACUGCGAAGCUGGGAGAAAUACCAUGGGCACUUUUGAUAAAAGAGCCAAAUAGAGGAGGAGCAUCACUAAUUAACGAUCGAUGGGCUGUCACUGCAGCUCAUGUCGUGGAAAAUAUAGGAGAAGCCUCUUUGCGGCUGUAUGGUGGCGUGGUAGAUGGAAGGCUGACAUCAAAUAGCUUGUCUGAUGUAGUUGUCAUGGACAGUGAGAAGAUUAUAAUUCAUCCCGGGUACAUCAGAGGUACUGUUUCUCGCACCAAUUUUAACCAUGAUAUUGCACUUAUCAGAUUGGCUUCCAGGGUGAAGUUUGGGCCAAACCUCAUCCCCAUAUGUCUGCCAGGGGUAAACUCAAGGUUAGAGGAAGGCGACCUAGGUACCAUUUCAGGCUGGGGGAAAACAGAUGUGCAGAAUAACAAGUUUGUCACAUCUCCCAUGCUGAGAUAUGCUCAUAUCUCGGUCUAUUCUGACCUGAACGAGUGUCAGAAUACACCUUACAACGAUAAGGCUGGCAGUCACAUGAAUUUCACUGCAAACAUGUUCUGUGCUGGAGCACCGGGGAAGGACAGCUGUCUGCAAGACAGUGGAGGUGCAUUUGUUUCACCUAUGGUGUCAGCAGGAGAGGGGCCCUAUUACAUGACUGGCAUUGUGUCAUGGGGUGCUCCGUGUAAACUGAGGAAUUACAAGGGUUAUUAUACCAAAGUUGAAAAUUAUGUAGACUGGAUUAAGGAGACCAUCGAUGCGGUGGAAAACUCGUUUCUGUUAGGGUCAGUGUGUGAGUGCUGGCUGCUGCCCCGCUCUAAGCCUCUGAUGUACGGUGAGGUCCAGUCUCCUGAGUAUCCCCAGCCUUACCCUCCCAACCUGGAGCAGAGGUGGGACCUCAGUGUACCUGACGGCUACCAGAUCCAACUGACCUUCACACACAUGGACAUCGAAGCUUCUGCGAGCUGCUACUACGACUUCCUCACAGUUCUCUAUGGUGAAAGGGUCCUGGGAAGGUUUUGUGGCAAUGAGAAUUCUGCUGACGGCCACCAUCCCGGCGACCAGCCCAUCCUGUCUCCCGGCAACAGACUCACCCUCAUCUUCAAGACGGAUAACAGCAACCCAGAACGCCAGAACAAUGUGGGCUUCUCUGCUUACUACCAGGCAAUAGACAUAGACGAGUGUUCUGCUGCCACACCAGGAGAUAGCUCAGGUCCACUCUGUGAUCAGAUCUGCCUAAAUACCCUGGGCUCAUUCCUCUGCACCUGUCACCAUGGCUACAAACUUCACUCAGACCAGCGCACCUGUACAUUAUCCUGUGUUGGUGGUGUUUUUAAUGAAGCAGAAGGAACCUUAUUUAGUCCUGGAUAUCCAGUCUCCCCACCACAUGCUAUUUCCUGUCAGUACAUCAUUUCUUUACAACCUGGAUUCAUUGUCUCUCUCAACUUUUCGGACAACUUCCAAAUCGAGAGUGUGGACACCGAGCAAGGGCCAGUCUGUCUCUAUCACUGGCUGCAAGUGACCGUUCCAGACAGAGACCCUAUGAAGCUUUGUGGUACAACGAGUCCAGGCGUGAUAGUCACAAACUCCAACACCGUGACGCUGGACUACCACACUGAUGACGACGGCCUGAGCAGAGGCUGGAGCCUGGAGUACAGCACACACAGAGUGCGGUGUCCAUUACCUGGCAGUAUAGCAAAAGGGAGGGUCACACCCAUCUUGGCUGCAUAUUUCUACAGAGACUACAUCUACGUGCGCUGUGACCAAGGAUACAAGCUGAUGAUGGACGGUGAAGAGAUUGAGAGUUUCUCGACCAUGUGCCAAAGCAACGGACACUGGCACCUCCCUCUGCCAGAGUGUCACAUCAUUGAUUGUGGAAAACCAGAAUCCUUGCUGAAUGGGAAGGUGGAUUUCCUGUCCGGCUCUGACAAUCAGUACCAUUCUGUCGUUCAGUACAGCUGCAAUGAACCGUUUUAUGCUCCUCUGGGACAUGAAAAUGUCAACUACACCUGUGAUGCAGACAGGAAGUGGAGGUCCGACAAUAAUAUUCAUGUCCUACCAACUUGCCUACCAGUUUGUGGUCGGCCAACUCGAAGCCUCUCAUCCACCAGCUAUCAGAGGAUCAUUGGAGGCAGUUCUGCUCCAGCGGACACCAUCCCCUGGCAAGUGUUAGUGAAUGUAAAUGGACGAGGAGGAGGUAUGGUGAUCGCAGACCGCUGGAUCAUGACUGCAGCUCACGUCUUAACACGAUAUGGAGAUCCACCACCAACUAGCUCUGUACAGAUUCACAUGGGACGCACUGAUAUUCAAACCUUGCCGACCCCAUUGUCUGUUGCCUCAAUCCACAUUCACCCAGGAUACAACAACUCCGACGGCCUCAACUAUAACAAUGAUAUUGCUCUGAUCAAACUACAAGAAGUGGUCACAUUCAGGGCAUCCAUAAUGCCCCUAUGUUUGCCACCACAGGAUGCUGCAUAUCACACUGGCACAAUGGGAAUGGUGUCAGGCUUUGGUAUUACAGAUGAAGGCAACAAACGGAUUUUAACAAAUAUGCUGAAAUAUGUGCACAUCCCUGUGGUGGAUCAGCAGGUGUGCAGUCAAACAUUUGCUAAGAUGAAGCAGCAAGGCAAUAAUCUAAUACCACAUCUGACAGAUAACAUGUUUUGUGCUGGAGUUCCUGAAGGUAAGAAGGACUCUUGCCAAGGUGACAGUGGAAGUGCCUACGCCAUCGAGGAAAACAGUCAGUUCUGGGCUGCAGGCAUUGUCAGCUGGGGGGUCGAGUGUGGAAAGAAGGGAAAAUAUGGGGUUUAUACCAAAGUUGCAAACUAUGUGGACUGGGUCCAAAAAACCAUGCAGGAGAACUGAGCAAUUAGUUACAACCUGAUGAGAGAAUGAUGAAAAUAAAAUGUGACAAAGUGGAAUAAAUUCAAAUGCAGUA